AGACUUUCUGGUGCAGACGGCUCGCUUGUAAUCUCAUGAUGUACCAGAGAUGCGGGAUCAUUCUAUGACGGGCAACAUUGCCACUGCCUCGCAGGUUUUGUAGCUAUGCGGGCGUAGCUAUUAUGAUAAAGUGCUGCUAUUCGCACUCUCGGGCUGCUCCUGUUGUCCGGAUGAGCCUUGGGGGAAUUCUGAUCCAUUCUGGUUCCUUCCAGAGAUACCUGCCACUCGACCGUCCGUCGCUCGGGUUUGAUUGCCAGAUCCACGACAGAAUCGCCAACAUGGCAGCGUAUACAACGAGCAAUAGGAGAGAUGCGUCAGCAGAUCCCGGUAUGAUCUAUCCACUACCAACGGGCGAUCCGGCCGUGACGACGACGGUCCUCGUUUCCAUAUGGGUGAUGGCAUCCACUUCGACGGUGUUCCUAGCCCUCCGCUUGUACUGUCGAAUAUCGCGCGCCAAGUCUUGGUGGGAUGACUACCUCCUCAUAGCAGGCUGGGUAUUUUUGGUGAACGCAUUGAUAUUGCAAACAUGCAUAUUUCAUGAUGGAUACCUUGUCACCGCUCUGGGCGGGCCUGUCAUGGGGCCCAUGAACCUUGGGAGCGACUCGUCGAUGAAGUUGUCCCUGGCCCUCAUCAAGACGUCGUUUGCACUCACGCUGUGUGGCUUCGCUACGGGGUGGCUGCAUUGGGUUGUCGUUGUGGUGACUGUUGUCACGGAUGCCGCCUACAUGAGCCAUGCCAUCCUCGUCUGGAGGGCGAACUGCGGUGUGGAGGACUCGUACACCUUUGAGCCGUGUUGGCCGAUGGACAGUGGUAUCUGGAUGAAUAUGAUAGGGUCAAUCAUAUCCGCGGUUGGCGACCUUGUGUUGUCCCUGGUCCCGGCAGCGGUGGUCUGGAAGUUGCAGAUGAUCCGGCGCGAGAAGAUUGGCGUGGCAGCCGCCAUGGCCAUCGGUAUACUUGCUGGAGCCGUCGCCAUCAUGAAAGCCGUCGAAGCCCCCAAAGUGGUGACGACUGUUGGUACCGACUUCUCCUAUAAGCUGGCCAGGCUGAGCAUAUUAGUUCACGCAGAGCCCAACGCCGCGCUCAUUGCCGCGUGUAUUCCCGUCCUGCGCAUCCUGCUGCGCGAUGUAAGGAAGACCUACUUCUCCUCCAGCUCCCGUACGGCUGGCCGAUACUUGCAAUCGAACGAACACAGCGGAUUCCAGAGCAACAGAGACGUAAAGGGUACAGAGUUACGAACUCUGGCUGCGGAGGCCGACAAUGACAGCGAGACGAGCAUUCUUCCGUUGCAAGAUAUCGCGCCAGAACAGCAGAGAGCGGUAUGUCAAGGGUAAGACUUGAAGUGAGAGGAGCAUCGCCAAACGUGCGGUCGAGGGUGGACAUCCACGCACACCUAGUCAAGCUGCACUGGGCUUUAUCGCC